AAGCAGAAAAACAAAUUAUUUCAGCCUAAAAUUUAGUAAAUGUUGGAUGUAACAAGGCUUAUUAAAAUUCAAAAGUGCCGUAACAUAUUAGACUGCCAAAAAUAAAUAAAAAAAUCGUUAAUCUUGUAAGGAAAACGUAACUUGUGCUAAUUGAGUAAUAUGUCGAAGAGCGAGGUGUUAUACGUUAAAGGGAACGGAAUGUCAGAUUCUGAGGUGGAAGCUGAAGACGACCCAUGGGAUGACUCCAAGUUGAAAAUAGCCUACGACAAAGCAAUGCGCUUGGCCAAUGCAGUAGACGUAGCUCAACGUGUGGCUAUGUCAACUAAUAGCCAGAUUAAACAAGACCGCAAAAUUAAGCAAGAAAAGCAAAAGAAGCAUUGGAGCCCCAAGAUGCCUUGCAGGGCAGUGUAUGAAGGAGACGGUUUGGAGUAUGAGGCUGUGGUGCAGAAGAUAAUUGAUGACACAUUGUGCCUUGUGCGAUUUAUUGGCUACAACAAUUCAGAAGUAGUCCCGAUAAGCGGCCUCUCGCCUUCCCUGGGCAAGGAGAAGCAAGAUUUGCAAAUUGCCCAAGCCAACUACGAGAAUGAGGAUAGUGGAAUUUUAACAGGUUCGCGUGAAAAAAUGAACAGUGAUAGCGAUAAUCGAGAACCCAGUCCAGCUAUGACAGUUUCAGAGCCAUCGUGUGACCGGCGGAAGAAGUUACCAAAAAAGAAAAAAACUGACAAGUUUACCAAUGGAUUUAAAUUCCCUGAUGUGCCAAUGCCUCAUAUUCCCAUGUUGUCGCAACUCGGUCUGAACGGCGACAUGCCGGUCCCACCUCCGCCGCCGUUGGCCUUCCCCGCGAGUCGAAUCGACACCGAGGAACAAGCCAUGUCUUCCAUGCUGCUCAGCUGGUACAUGAGCGGUUAUUACGCAGGUCUUUAUCAGGGACUUAAGCGGUCUAAAGAAGUCCGGAACAAAUCCAGUCGCUGACUAGAGUACGUAACAAAUAGACAGUACUUUUAAAUAACUUUUAUUUUUAUUUCACAUAAAACUACAAAUAAAAAUAGAAAAUGCUGUAUUUUGUUUUUUAAAAUAAAAAAAAAUAAAUUAUGCCUCCAGAUUCUGAAUAGAAACUAUGUACAAAAUAUACAUUCUCGAUUUUUUUUAAUGCUACGUAAUGGUCUCUGAUUGGUGGGUAUUUGUUUUUUAAACUAAGAUUGAGGUGCGUUUACAUUUGCAAGUAACCUGCAUGGGAUAUUAAUUUCAGAGUAAAAAUUGUUUGCUUCACUUGCCCUUCCCGCUUGCAUGCAAGUUAUUUGCGAACGGGACCGCGCCGUUAGUAAUUUAAAAUUUGUAAAUGUUUUUUACUAGUAGAUGCAUAGGCCAAUUUCACGUUUCUUAGUUCUAAAACAAACCUUAAAAGAAACUUAAUUUUCUUUUGAAGAAAGUCUAAAGAACAGUUGCAAAGACAGUUUACAUAUCACGCGACGCUGUAUUAAACUAGAGCCCAGACUUCGCAGUAGCUCCACCAAUUAAUAACAAACCAAGAAUUGACCGAGAUGUUUAAAUAAAAUAUUAUGUGGUAUUUUUUGACCUUGUAACUGCGGAGUCUUGAUUUUAUCCAACACAGUGUAGAGUGAAUAAUCCCAAAAUUAGUGCUUAAAAAAUGUCAAAGUAGGUUUUACGCUUUAUUCUUUAUAAAGUAAUAUAAAUCAUGAAAUAUGGCAUGUUUUAAACUGUAUAAUAAAUAAUUAUGAAGUAUGUAAUUCGCUCGUUUUUCUAUAGCAUAGUGAAAAACGGUAUAAAAAUGGGAAAAUACAUUUUUCAAUAAAUAAUUUUACUGAAUUUCUUUUGUUUCUCUUGAUUCUAACUUAAAAUAAACACUAUAGACGCGUUUUCACCUGUGAGUGGCAUGUGCAAGUUAACAAGCAAGUUGUAAGAAAACUAAUUACGUUCUAAUUUGUUUUCUUUACAAAUUUUAAAUCAGGCUCUAUUCCAUAGUUAUAAAAUCUACACAUGUCAAAACACACUUGGAUAUCAAAACAUUAUUACUAUUCCAUAAUAUACAAACAAAGCAAUGAUCGUGAAAAAAAUUAUAUAAAUAUACACUAUGAACAAAAACCUUUAUGAAAGACAAAUAAAAUAAAC